GCAAAUGAUUCCGAGCAACACGCGCAUCACUUUGAAGGAGCUUGGAAAGGGAAAUUGCAACAGCGCCCCCGUCUGUUUGUGACGGGAACGAACCGCAGGAAAGGAACCCCCAGAGGCUCGCAAAGAGGGGCAAAGAGGGGCUUGCUGGAUCUGGAAGAGGAGGGACGACCUGAGCUGGGCCGGGGGGACGAAAAAGAUGGCGGCACUUCACUUGAGAGGGCCACGUCGUCUCUGACCUCUGACCUUUGUGUCCAGUGCGAAGAAAAACCUCUGAAAUGUCCUACUUCCUAACACUUCCUGUAUUUUGGUCCUUGUGCCAUUGGAGGCUUCAAGUUUGGAGACGUUUCUCGUGGGUGACUUUUUAUUGUUGUUGCUGAAUCCCAGGAGUUUUCAAAACGGCACUUUCAAUGUAUUCAGAAUUGGUUCAUCAUCCCGACAGUCCCGACGUUGAGAAUGAAUGAACAAACGGAAAGAUGUGAGCGCUUUUGGAGUUUGCCAAGAUGGCUUCGCGUGUCUUUCAAAGUCACCGUUGUUCUCCAAAGCGAAUGAGGAUGAAUGAAACCUUCACGGACAAUCCCUUUUUUGUCAUUCUUUACUUUUACUCAAGUCGACGAGUCAAAUUAUUAUUUGACACGGGUAGCUUGCCGACGACUAGCAUCGUAAGAUUUCGCGAGCGUUCGAAGCUCGCCCCAAGGGUUCUGUUGCCUAGCAACGCCAGUGGGCCGGGCCACUUGGAAGUGUAGUGCAGCGGUUGGCCAGUAGGGGGCGAGGGGCGCGGUCUCGCCUCGCUCGUCUGAAAAGCGAGCGUUCGCUUGUGGUCCCGCCACGUUUGCGAGCAACAUGUCGAGCGUCAGCUGGAAGCCUUUCGUCUUCGGCGGCCUCGCUUCCGUGACGGCGGAAUGCGGCACGUUCCCCAUCGAUCUCGCCAAGACGCGUCUUCAGGUUCAGGGCCAAGUGGGCGACAGCAAGUACCGCGAGAUCCGCUACCGAGGCAUGUUGCACGCCAUCGUCAGGAUAGCGCGCGAGGAGGGCGUCCGGGCGCUGUAUUCGGGAUUGCCAAAAUGUGACGUUUACAGGAUCGCUCCCGCCACGCUGCGCCAGGCGUCCUACGGGACCAUCAAGAUCGGCACGUACCAGAGCCUCAAGAGACUGCUGGCGGAAAGGCCCCAAGACGAGACCCUGGCGACCAACGCGCUGUGCGGCGUUCUGGCCGGAGUCGUCUCGUCCUCCAUCGCCAACCCCACGGACGUGCUGAAGAUCCGCAUGCAGGCCCAGGGACGGGUGAUCCGAGGAAGCAUGAUGGGCAACUUCAUCAGCAUCUACCAGCAGGAAGGGACCAGGGGGCUUUGGAAGGUCCAGCUUCGUAUGCGGCCUGGCGGGGGCGCUGGCCUCCAACCCGGUGGACGUGGUCCGGACGCGGAUGAUGAAUCGGAGAGGAGCGGCUUUGUACCAGGGAACGCUCGACUGCGUACUGCGGACGUGGCGCUCGGAGGGUUUCGUGGCCCUCUACAAGGGCUUCUUCCCCAACUGGCUCCGUCUGGGCCCGUGGAACAUCAUCGUAUCCUUCAAGCGAAAUGGUCGGGGAAAAGCUUUUAUGUGCACGAGUCCUUUUCAGUUUUGGGGGGGGUUGUUUUGGCUUUUUUUUUCCCCCUAACCCCCCAAAAAUUUCCCACGGAGAACAUUUACGUUUGGGAUCGUUUGUUCCAGAGGCCAAAGCGUUACCAUCACUGAAAUCUUCAUUAACUUGACUGGCAAUUCGUCGCCAGGAAAGAAUAAGCAGAAUUUAAGCAGCGUAAUAUUAAAUCUGCAUCUCCUUGUUCUCACGGACGCUCACGUACUGUAAGUCGACUAUAUCACGCACUCGCGUCGGGAAAAAGUUGCCACGCGCCUUCCGAUCCAAACUUUGAUUCAAGAACGUCAAUUGUUACCGUCUCAGAAAAAGACGCGAGCCUACAAAUGUCAUCGGAUUACAGAAGCUGUGACAAAAACAUUUGCCUUCCUCGACUCCGCAUUCAGUUCUUCCUCACGUACGAGCAGCUCAAGAAGAUCAACGUCUGAGCGAGCGGAAGAGACGAAGACGAAGACCGCUUCGGAGGCGACCGUCUCCCCU